AUGGAUGCUGCAAGAGGCAGGUUCCCCAUUCUGCGAGCUGAAUACCAGACACUGACUUCGACCCCGCCAGACGUGCCCGCCCUGGCACCGACACCGCAGCCCACCGGCCUCUCCUUCACCCAGGGCUUCCUGCUAGGCCAGCUCUCGGUGACGCUCCUGAUCUUCUUCUUCAUCAAAUUCUUCAUCUUCGGCGAGCCGCCGCCGGCCGACGUGCGGCACGCGACGCGGGCGGCGGAACGGCGCGAACGCACCCUCGCCCACCAGCGCACCCUCUCCGCAACCGCCGCCGGCGUCCCGCCCGCGUCCUCGACUCUCCUCCGCCACAAACGCAGCACCAUCCUGCGCCCGCCGCCGCCCGUCACCAGCGCCACCAUCCUCGCCAAGACCUACUACAACGUCAAGGGCCACCAGCCCGAGAGCCUGGACUGGUUCAACGUGCUGAUCGCCCAGACCAUCGCCCAGUUGCGUGCCGACGCCCGCCAGGACGACGCCGUGCUGACUUCGCUGACCAACAUUCUGAACGGCCCCACGCGUCCGGACUGGCUGGGAGAGAUACGCGUCACCGAGAUCGAGCUGGGCGACGAGUUUCCCAUUUUCAGCAAUUGCAGGGUUAUUCCGGUCGAGGAUGGCGGGUUGGGAUUGGGUAGCCCGAAUAAGAGUGACGGGGGUCUCUCGAAUGAGGGCAGGUUGCAGGCACGGAUGGACGUGGAUUUGAGCGACGUCAUCACCUUGGGCAUCGAAACGACGUUGAUGCUGAAUUGGCCAAGACCCAGGGUCGCAGUGCUGCCUGUUGCUCUGGCAGUGUCAGUGGUGCGGUUUAGUGGAACUCUCUCACUGUCCUUUAUCCCAUCCACACAGCCGUCAGCUUCUGCAGACCUCAAUUCCUCCAACCCAGGCUCCAAUUCUUCGUCACAUACUCCUACUACCCUAGCCUUCACCUUCCUGGAUGACUAUCGCCUCGAUCUCUCAGUUCGCUCUCUUCUUGGUAGCCGUUCACGCCUUCAGGACGUUCCUAAAAUUGCCCAGCUUAUUGAGAGCCGCCUGCACACAUGGUUCGAUGAGCGCUGCGUCGAGCCUCGAUUCCAGCAAAUUGUAGUGCCUAAUGUUUGGCCGCGCAAGAAGAACACCCGCGGCGGCGACGAGGGCGGCUCUGCCGGCGAAGAAGGCUCCGAGCAGGCGGCCGAGGAACCCGCCGUCGACGCUAUGGCCGAAAGCAUCGAGACGGUCAUGGAUGGCGGCAGCAAGGCCGGUGGACGCACGAACGGCUCGGCGUCGCAGGCAGCUUCUUCCAGCUCGGCAGCGCUACCGAAGCCGCAACGGCAGUUCGCUCCAGGCUCGGCGAAUGAGCUUGAGGCCCGCAUGGCUGUGGAGGGCCAGAAGCUUCGCGAAGCCGAGGAAAGGGCCGGCCGGGUGGAGCGUGCCCGACAGGGUAGGGAGUUGAGAGACGAGGGCGUGCGGUUAAGGGCGGGACACUCACAUUCGGCGAGUCGAGAAGCUAGCGCGAGAGGGGAUUGGCGGACCAGAAUGCCGGGCGGAAUAUCUGGUGUGGGUACUCCCACUGCAGAGUGA